GAGGUGGAGGAGGUGACAGACAGUGCUCAUGUGACUUGUCACAUGACUUCAGAUCAGCCGAAAGCCAAAAUGGGACGCCAAACCUGCCUCCUAGGGCUCCUUGCUCUCGUCAUCACUGGCAAAUGCACUUAUAGCCCUGAGCCGGACCAGCGGUGGAUGCUGCCCCCAGGCUGGGUGUCCCUGGGCCGCGUGGACCCUGAAGAAGAGCUGAGUCUCACUUUUGCCCUGAAACAGCAGAACCUGGAAAGACUCUCGGAGCUGGUGCAGGCUGUGUCGGACCCCAGCUCUCCUCAAUACGGAAAGUACCUAACCCUACAGGAUGUAGCUGAGCUGGUCCAACCAGCACCACUGACCCUGAGCACCGUCCAAAAAUGGCUCUUGGCAGCUGGAGCCCGGAACUGCCAUUCAGUGACUACACGGGACUUUGUGACCUGCUGGUUAAGUGUCUGGCAGGCUGAGCUGCUGCUACCUGGGGCUGAGUUCCAUCGCUAUGUGGGGGGACCUUCGGAGACCCAUGUUGUAAGGUCCCCACAUCCCUACCAGCUCCCCCAGGCCUUGGCCCCUCAUGUGGACUUUGUGGGGGGACUGCACCGUUUUCCCCCCACGUCAUCUCUGAGACAACGCCCAGAGCCACAGGGGGUAGGAACUGUUGGCCUGCACCUGGGAGUGACGCCAUCUGUGCUCCGGCAGCGAUACAACCUGACAGCACAAGAUGUGGGCUCUGGCACCACCAACAACAGCCAGGCCUGUGCCCAGUUCCUGGAACAGUAUUUCCAUAACUCAGAUCUGACUGAGUUCAUGCGCCUGUUCGGUGGCGAUUUUGCACACCAUGCAUCAGUAGCCAGAGUGGUUGGAAAACAGGGGCGAGGCAGAGCUGGAAUCGAGGCCAGUCUAGAUGUGGAAUACCUGAUGAGUGCUGGUGCCAACAUCUCCACUUGGGUCUACAGUAGCCCUGGCCGGCAUGAGGCACAGGAGCCCUUCUUGCAGUGGCUCCUGCUUCUCAGUAAUGAGUCAACCUUGCCAAAUAUACAUACUGUGAGUUACGGAGAUGAUGAAGACUCUCUCAGCAACGUCUACAUGCAGAGAGUCAACACUGAGUUCAUGAAGGCUGCUGCUCGGGGUCUCACCCUACUUUUUGCCUCAGGUGACACUGGAGCUGGGUGUUGGUCUGUCUCUGGAAGACACAAGUUCCGCCCUAGCUUCCCUGCUUCUAGCCCCUAUGUCACUACAGUAGGCGGCACCUCCUUCAGGAAUCCAUUCUUCAUCACAAAUGAAGUAGUUGACUACAUCAGUGGUGGAGGCUUCAGCAAUGUUUUCCCACAGCCUUCAUACCAGGGGGAAGCAGUGGCCCAGUUCCUGAAGUCCAGCUCUCAUCUACCACCAUCUAGUUACUUCAAUGCUAGUGGCCGUGCCUACCCAGACGUUGCUGCACUUUCUGAUGGCUACUGGGUAGUCAGCAACAGGGUCCCCAUUCCAUGGGUGUCUGGAACCUCGGCCUCUACUCCAGUGUUUGGGGGAAUUUUAUCCUUGAUAAAUGAGCACAGAAUCCUCAAUGGCCGCCCCCCUCUUGGCUUUCUCAAUCCAAGGCUCUAUAAACAGCAUGGGGCAGGCCUCUUUGAUGUAACCCAUGGAUGCCAUGAGUCCUGUCUGAAUGAAGAAGUGGAGGGUCAGGGUUUCUGCUCUGGUCCUGGUUGGGAUCCUGUGACAGGUUGGGGAACACCCAACUUCCCAGCCCUACUGAAGACUCUACUCAACCCUUGACCCUUUCCUGCUGGGAAAGCAGAACUGUCCUGUGUGCUACUGGAGAAGGCUUAGUCCCCUAUUCUGCCUCAAUGGAAGCCCUGCUAAACUCUUAACUCUUGCCUCCUGCAGACAUCUUUUCCCUAGUCCUCAAAUGCUGCAAGCAGGACUUGAUUCCCAACCCUAUUGUGUUCCAUCAAACUCAGGUCUCCUAACUCAACAAGAUGUUAUAACCAGCAUAUUUUGUCUCACCCUUCCCUGUCUCUUCUUCCUCUUUCCAACUUGAGACGUGAAAAGAGGAUGAGGAUGUUGUCUUCCCAUUACUGAUACUAUCAGGCCCAUCUGGGGCUUACCACCUCUGCACUGACUGUAUGCUCUAUUUCUCUUCAAGUUUUCUUCCUAAUGCACUGUUAAUGAGACCUUUGCACUAAUUGUUUAGUUUUUCUUCCCCUGGCACUGAAGCGAAAUGGUCUCCCUGACAUUUUAUGCAGUAUACACUUCUCAAUCUUUGUUUUAUGGUUUUGUUUUUUUGUUUUGUUUUGUUUUGUUUUUUGAAGAACAGGUUGCCAACAAUCUCAUAUUCUAAAGAAAGUUAAAAAUCUGUAAACUCAAAGUGUUUUAAAUAUGUUCUCAUCGGCAACAUUUCUCAACAAAAUAAAUAGGUCAUUACAAAUGAAUGUCACCUUUAAA